CGUCUCAAACUCAAAAUAAUUCAAAUAAAAACUAAUGCACCAAAUUAUAGCUCAGGGAUGACAUCAUAAUCCUUCUCCCUCAAGACAUCGGAAAUCCAUAUGAAAUUCACCAUCGCUGCCGAAUCCCUUGCAUAAGAUUCGCGAGAUCAACACUGGAAAGGAGAAAUUGGAACAUUUUAGGGCAAAAAUAUGGAUUUUGAGUUGAGAAGAGCGAGAGAGAAGCUGGAAAGAGAGCAGAAGGAGAGGAAAGAGAAGGCCAAGUUGAAAUUGGAGAGGGAGAGGAAAUUUAAACAAGAGGCUAUCCUGCAACGGGAAGCAAUUGAAGCCGCCCAACGCGCUCGCCGUCUUCAUGCUGCUGAAGCCGAAGCUAAGGCAAACCAGCAAACAGAGGAAAACCUUAUAGCUGGACGUGGAAUCGUUUUUUGCCGUGUUUUAGAAGCUGUGCCUUAUCAUGGGAGUGGAGAUAAAAUAAAACUGCCAUCAUCUUGUUUUACAGAAUUAUCUGAACAAGGUGCCUUUGAGAAAGGACCUCUACACUUCUCUUUGUCUGUGAUUCAUCAAAACAUUCCCUCAAAUGGAAACAAUGAAACACAUGCUGGUGUUUUGGAGUUCACUGCAGAGGAGGGUUUCACACAACUCCCCCCUCACAUAUGGACUAAUCUAUUCCCUGCUGAACACCCCACUUCUCCUACAAUUGAAGUGAGGUAUGUGUGGUUACCAAAAGGAACUUAUGCCAGACUUCAGCCUGUUGAAACAGGGUUCUCCGACAUCCCUAACCACAAGGCUGUUCUUGAAACAAGCCUUCGACAACACGCCACACUAUCGGAAGGAGACAUUCUCACUGUUACACACGGUGUACUGACAUACCAUUUACGUGUUCUUGAGUUGAAACCUACUUCCAGUGUAUCUGUUCUGGACACAGAUAUAGAGGUUGAUGUAAUGGGUGCGGACCCCACUUCAAAUGGAACCACAACAAGUCAACCUAUACUAAGACCUCUAACAUUUGGGAAGCCAGAAAGUGGAGUCAUUGAGGAGGGAAACUAUACAUACUAUAAAUUCUCAUUAGAUGAAGGCACUUGGGCAAGGGUUUCCUCUGGGGAUGCUGAGAUAGAGGUGAAGAUAGACUCGACAGCAGAUGAUGGAGACACUGAUUUGUAUGUUUCCAGUCACCCGCUGUUAUUCCCAACACAACAUCAACACGGAUGGUCAUCCCAUGAUGUCGGUUCGAAAUCCUUGGUUCUUGGUUCCCAAGGCUUGGGAGUAGGUUCUUACACUAUUGGCGUUUAUGGUUUCAAGGGAACUACCAAGUUUUCACUUUCAGUGGCUGUUCAAGACAAGUUGAAGUCAAAGGUGGGACGACAAACAUCACAUGCUGAGACAAUGGACACUGUUGAAUGCCGGAAUUGCAAGCAUUGCAUACCUUCCAGAAGUAUAGCGCUACAUGAGGUUUACUGUGCAAGGCACAAUGUAGUGUGUCAGUAUGUCAAUUGUGGGAUUGUUCUUAGGAAAGAAGAGGCAGAGAACCAUGUCCACUGUGGGAAAUGUGGACAAGCUUUUCAAAAAGAAGAGAUGGAGAAACAUGUAAAAGUUUUCCAUGAGCCACUUGCUUGCCCGUGUGGUGUUGUCCUUGAGAAAGUAAUGAUGAUGCAACAUCAAUCGUUUGAGUGCCAUUUGCGGUUGAUUACAUGCCGCUUCUGUGGAGACAUGGUUCAAGCUGGGAAUUCAGCCACGGUAAAUGCAAGAGACCGGCUUAGAGGACUUACAGAGCACGAGAGUUUGUGCGGGUCAAGAACAGCCCCUUGCGAUUCAUGUGGCCGAGCAGUUAUGUUGAAGGAUAUGGACAUUCACCAAAUCGCCGUUCACCAAAACAACUGAUCUAAGCUAAUUAUGCUAUUCCACAUGGUUACCCACACAUUCUUAUCUUUGCUUCUUUCACAAGGAAGAAAGAGUGCCUAUGUUUAUCUGCUCCGUGCACCUACAUAUUCUGUAUACAUUUGCCAAAAGCCCAAAAAGAUGGACCGGAACACCACUGCUACUCUGAUCCCAGCCCUGAGUUGGUCGAUGCAGGGCUGUUUUCUGCAGCACCAGUUAUAUUUAUUUGUAGGCUAUUGUUAUAAUUAUCAUUUUUAGCAUUGCUCCCUGCCUCAAAUUGUAGUUCAAUUUGUGUUCUAUUUUAAGUUAGGGAUGGACAAAACGGUUUGAUUCAGUUGAAUUGAACCAAACUGAAAAUUGGGACUUUGGUUUGGUUUGGUUUGGUUUGGUUUGGGUUCAUUGAAGUAAACUACGGAGUAUUUGGUAACAAUUUGUUCAAACUAAAUAGUUUGAUUUGGUAUGAUUUUAAUUAUUUUUAAAUAGAAAAAUUGUCAAUUGAACUGAACAUUUUUUAAUAUUUAUUAAAAUGUAUUGUAUUUGUCUUAACUAUUUAUCUUUAUGAUAUAAAUAAAUAACUUAGAAAUGAACAUUGCAUAUAUCAUUUUAAUAUUUAAAAACAUCAUACAUGGCAUUUGUUAUUUUUGUACUCCGUAUGAAAAGAUAUUGUCAAAGACAAUGAUAUUGUGGGCUAGGAUUAUAGUUUUAUUUAUUAAUAUAAAGUUUAUGUUAUGUUUUCUAGUUUGGGCCUAUUAUUAGUAGAGUAGUUAGUAGAGUUAAUGCAGGCCUAAUUAGGGUUUGAUUAAUUUGGACUCGAUUAGGGUUUCUGAGUCUCUUACUAGAGGACUAUUUAUACCCCUUGCCAUGGUUGAGUCUUGCUUAUCUUGAAAUAAAAUUGGAGUUUAACCUUUUGGCUCUGGCCAACGGUUUAUAUGGUUAAUUAUUUGGGCAACAAAUUUAUUUCGUUGAUUUUUAUUUUUCUGUUCUCAUCAAUUGGUCUGAUCCGUCAGAUCCCGUCCCGCCGGAAUGACGAGAUCAAUCACAGAAUGUUUGUCAAAGACGGAGGCUGAACAGGUUUUGAUGAACCAGAAACUCGAUGUGUAGUCGUGCAGGGAGCGAAACUAGACGCACAAGGAAUCCAACUGGCGGAUAUCGCAGCCUCCUUGGAUGUGCUCACAAAGGCUCUCUCGCCGCUGGCGAUGGAGGAGCAUUCAUUGGUGGUGGCUUCACUCAACGCGGCAGCGGCAUCCACGUUCGGAACUGGAUUGUGCAGCAUCUCUCUCACGACGUUGCACUCGUUUGACGGAGAAGACCUGAUCGGGUGGGUUGAUAGGGUUGAGCAACAGUUCGAACUGAACGGUACUCAACUGGGAAAGAAGGUGGCAGCCGAUGUAGUUGUGAUGAAAGGAUAAGUUGUAUAGUGGUUGACCCGGUUAUGGGCAUGAAAGUCGGGCAUAUCAUGGGAUGAGCUUACACAGUGACACAGCGUUGAUGGCUCGUUUUGACUCACGGUUUAAGGGCAAUCGCUUUGAACGACUGUCUGGAGUCAAGCAGACAAGGACUGUGGAGGGGUACAUCUCAAUUUUUGUUCAACUAACAAGUUAAGUCCAAAGGCUAUCUGACGAUCAUUAUUUGGGGUAUUUCAUGAGUGGGCUGAAAGGAUCGCAUGGCAGCUUUUCUAAAGAUACUGGGCAGCCCCUGGGGACAAAUGUGAACCGGUCUCUGAAUUUCAACCUUGAGGACAAGGUUGUUUCCAAGGAGGAUGGAUUGAUAGAGAGCAGAGAGAUCAAGGCGCGUGAACGGGCUUGGGCCCACCUCUGUGGGCUGGUUGUGGGCUAGGAUUAUAGUUCUAUUUGUUAAUAUAAAGUUUAUGUUAUGUUUUCUAGUUUGAGCCUAUUAUUAGUAGAGUAGUUAGUAGAGUUAAUGUGGCCCUAAUUAAGGUUUAAUUAAUUUGGGCUUGAUUAGGGUUUUUGUUGGAUCUCUUACUAGAAGGUUAUUUGCACCUCUUGCCGGAGUUCAGUCUUGCUUAUCUUGAAAUAAAAUUGGAAUUUAGCCUUUU